AUGGCAGCAGCUCGAACACUCAGAAUAGGCCUCAUACCUGGUGACGGCAUCGGUCUCGAAGUCAUCCCGGCUGGUCGACAAGUUUUAGAGGCCAUUGCUUCACAGUUCAACCUCAAACUAUCGUUCGUGGAUCUCGAGGCUGGCUGGGCUACCUUCCAAAAGACAGGGACUGCGCUGCCAGAACAUACCGUUGAAGUCCUUAAGAAUGAUUGCGAUGGCGCACUAUUUGGAGCUAUUAGUUCCCCAACCACCAAAGUCGCCGGCUACUCGUCCCCAAUCGUAGCCCUCCGCAAGAGGCUAUCCCUCUACGCCAAUGUUCGUCCCGUUAAGUCCGUAACUGGUGUAGCCAACAAUCGCCCCGUAGACAUGGUCAUUGUCCGUGAGAACACCGAAGAUCUUUACGUCAAGGAGGAGAAAACCUAUGACACACCGCAGGGUCCUGUGGCUGAGGCUAUCAAGAGGAUAUCAACCUACGCCUCCACCAACAUUGGAAGAAUGGCGUUCGACAUCGCGGCUACAAGGAACCGACAGCGAGCGGCGAAUCCCGCUGCGUCUAUACACAAGCAAGGGAAGGUCACAAUUACACACAAGAGUAACGUCCUCAGCCAGACAGAUGGUCUGUUCAGAGAGACCGUGAAGGCUGUGUAUGAAGCCGACAAGCAAGGGGCGAAUAAAUACAAGGAUAUCAAGGUCGAAGAGCAAAUUGUUGACUCAAUGGUUUACAGAAUGUUCCGGGAACCGGAGUGUUUUGACGUUGUUGUGGCGCCGAAUCUAUACGGUGACAUCUUGUCAGAUGGUGCAGCUGCUCUAGUUGGCAGCCUGGGCCUCGUGCCCUCUGCAAAUGUUGGAGAGGGAUUUGCUAUUGGUGAGCCAUGCCAUGGUAGUGCUCCAGAUAUUCAGGGACUGGGGAUCGCCAACCCCAUUGCUACAAUUCGGAGUACCGCUCUGAUGUUGGAUUUCAUGGGUUUGGAAGAGGCUGCUGCAAAGAUAUAUGAGGCUGUGGACGCCAAUUUGGCCGAGGGGAAAUUGCUGAGCCCUGACUUGGGAGGCAAGGCAAAGACGCAGGAGGUUGUUGAUGAUGUUGUAAAGAGGUUGAUCUAA